GCGUCAGUACACGCGAAUGCUUUGCCGCUUGAUAACGUCGCAUUGUCUUUAAUUGCUAGUUACGUGCUUUUUCGUACUCAUUAUCGGAUGUUCAGUAGAUGCUUUUUUGUUCAAAGUACAAUUAAACACCACCUGAUCAAAUCAGUGCGACCGCGACGAAUCGUAGACAAAGUGAGCGCAACACCACCUCUACAUUUGGUAUUACAAACAAGUCAGUAUUAGUGUUGCAAGGUAAAAAAUUAAGUUGUGUUUACUAACAUUGGAAUACAAGUUGAAAGCGAAAGCGGGAGUGUGUUAAAAAUAUAUUGGUUGAAUUGUAAUGCCAUGAGGUAUCAAGAGCUAAUGGCGAAUGGAACGUCUGAAUAUUCUGCGGCCAAUGGUUCCUCUUACGGAAAGGGAGACCGGUAUACGGCAGCUCCGAAUGAGAUCUUUGUGAACAGAUCGCUGCAUUUAGAAAAUGUUAAAUUUUACGGCUUCGAUAUGGAUUACACUCUGGCAGAGUAUAAAUCGCCACAGUAUGAAACGUUAGGAUUCAACUUGACCAAAGAAAGAUUAGUGAACAAAGGGUAUCCAAGAGAGAUUCUAGAAUUUGAAUACGAUCCGUCAUUUCCAGUAAGAGGUCUGUGGUUCGAUACACUAUACGGUAACUUGUUGAAAGUAGACGCAUACGGGAACAUUCUUGUGUGCGUGCAUGGUUUUGAAUUUCUUAAACAUUCUCAAGUAUACGAAUUAUAUCCUAACAAAUUCUUAACAUUGGAUGAAUCAAGAGUAUACGUACUGAACACAUUGUUCAAUCUGCCCGAGACUUAUUUGAUAGCGUGUUUGAUAGAUUUCUUCACAAACUCUCCGCAAUACACAAGAGAAAAAACUGGCGUAAGAUGCGGCGACUUGGCCAUGUCGUUCAAGUCUAUAUUCCAAGACGUCAGGAACGCAGUGGACUAUGUACACAUUCAUGGAGACCUCAAGAAGAAAACUAUUGAAAACUUAGACUUAUACUUGAAGAAAGAUGAAAGGCUACCGACUUUCUUGUCCAGGAUAAGAGAAAGUGGAGCCAAGUUGUUCAUACUCACGAACAGUGAUUACAAUUUCACAGACAAGAUCAUGAACUAUCUGUUUGAUUUCCCGCAUGGCGCUAAGCCCGGCGAGCCACACAGGAACUGGAAGACAUACUUCGACUGGAUCGUAGUAGAUGCGAAGAAGCCGCUGUUCUUCGGCGAAGGUACAACUCUAAGACAAGUGGAUACACGCACGGGCGCUUUAAAGAUGGGUCACCAUGUUGGACCAUUGCAUGAGGGACUCGUUUAUUCUGGAGGUUCAUGUGACGUAUUCACCGAGCUUAUAAGCGCAAAGGGCAAAGACGUGCUAUACAUCGGUGACCACAUAUUCGGCGAUAUCCUCAAGUCAAAGAAGAUCGGUGGUUGGCGUACAUUCCUUAUUGUGCCAGAACUGGUACAGGAGCUUCAUGUGUGGACAGAUAAGUGCCAGCUGUUCGCGCAGUUGCAGAACUUGGAUAUACAGCUCGGAGAUAUGUACAAAGAUUUAGACUCUAGUACAAAAGAGAAACCGGACAUAUCGAAAUUGCGUGCUGCAAUCCGUGACGUCACUCACAAGAUGGACCUCGCGUACGGCAUGCUCGGAUCGCUGUUUAGAUCUGGAUCUAGACAGACUUUCUUCUCUUCACAGGUGGUAAGGUACGCGGACCUGUACGCGGCGUCGUUCCUGAACCUGAUGUACUACCCGUUCUGCUACAUGUUCCGCGCGCCCGCCAUGCUCAUGCCGCACGAGUCCACCGUCGCGCACGAGCAGCGCUUCACCGUCGACACGCCCACCAUCGACAGAUCCCGACAAACAAGUGCGCCGAGAGCGUUCAGUACAACGUACAUCGCAGAAGUGUCUUCUGAAGACGUAUCCACUUCCCAGGAUGUCAACGAUACUAAGAACUCAGCGUCAGUCCCGCACGUGCGUCCGGAGACGCCGCGGCGACUCACACACACGCACGACGAGGACUGCUCCGACGACGAGGAUGUGGCCAAGGGAAACAAGUAGACACACUAAUUACGUGAUGGCUACAAACUGCAUGGAGAUUUAAAUGGAGUAAGGGACUACGCUGGAAGAAUUCUCUUAAAUGAUGACAUUUAUUUUGAACCUUCGUUAAUACUGUCUCUUGUAAUUGUAUUUUAUAUUCAAAAUGUUUUGUUUACCCAAAAAUUGAUACUAAGAUUUUCAGCACAUUAAUUAUACAUCUUAAAUAAUUAUUCUUUGGACAUAUUGAUUUUAUUUAACGCGGUAGUUUAGAUAUUUCAGAGAAUGUGGUUUAUGACCAUAUUCUCUGUAUAUUUCUUAGUUAAUAAAUUAAAUUUAUUGGAGGUUCACCGUAUUGAAUAGUCAAUUGGUAUUGUACCAAUGUUUAUUGAUUCAUAUAUAAUUGAAUAUAUUAUUAUAUUACAUAAUGUUAUUGUUAAUAUUGAAUGGUACAAUAAUUCAGUGAGUUCGUUUAUACAUAGUUAUAAUCUUGUAUUAGUUAUUAACUCGUGGCAUUUUAUACAAUAUGCUUUUAUCUAUGUUAUAUCAUGCUUAGUGAUUUAUUUUUUGUUAUUCUUUGAUGUGCAUUCUUGUCGAGUGCGAGAAAUGAUUGAAUUGUAAUUUUCGUUGCCAAUUUUAAUAUAUUUUAUAUUGUGUUGCAGAUUAUAUAAGUUAUGUAAAUAAAUAAAUAUAUUUUAUUGUUUUAUGUGAGUUUAUAAAUUAGUAUUUUUAUUCGUUAGUGUAAGUUGGAACAUGUCAAUUUCGAUAUACUUAAUAAUAAUCUUACAAUAAUAUAUUUUGACAAUGUUAAAAGCAUUAAAAUAUUUUGCAUCUUUGAAACGCACAUAUUAAUUAUAUCCAUAAUUAGAAUUGUGUUAUAUGAUAAUAUGUUUUAUAAUUGCGGUAGAUAGAUAUUUUGUACACGUAAUGUGUAAAAUUGACUGAGCUGCACAUGUAUUUGUAUGUUUUGUGUAUGUAGAGGUGUAUACAAGUAUUCUCAGUUACGCCUGUAUUGGUUACAACAGAUAUGUGAUUAAAACUAGUGAUUUUGAAAAUGUAAAUUUUCGUUAUACGUUAACGUAGGGAAAGAUACAAUAUUGAAUAAAUAUAAUGAACAAUAUUA